AUGCUACGGCACAAUCAGGUAUUGAACGGCCUCUCGCUUUCCGUGUCGGAAGGGGAGAUAUUCGGGGUGCUCGGAGCAAACGGCUCCGGCAAGACGACUCUCAUGAGGGUGAUGGUCGGCCUGCUCCGUAGCGACGGCGGGACAAUCACCAUUCACGGCGAGUCCCCAUCGCCCCGCCAGGCGGCAAUGGUCGGCUACAUGCCCCAGGUCAGCGCACUCUAUCUGGAGCUGUCGGUCGAACGACUGAUGUCGACCGACAGAGUACUCGCCAUCACCGAGCGGAUCAUCCGUCAGAUACUGCGCGACAGACGCUCCAUCGGGCUGCUCAUAGUGGGCCCGCUCAUAGUCAUGUCGCUCGUUGGCUUCAGCCUGUACGAGCAGCGCGCCGUGCUCGACCGUGUCGCCCCCGGCCUGCUCGCGGUAUUCGUGAUGUUCUUCACCUUUAUCCUGACCGGCGUCGGAUUCCUGCGGGAGCGCGCGCAGGGAACGCUCGAACGCCUCCAGACCACGCUCGUGGGCAGCUUCGACAUCAUGCUCGGCUACAUGAUCGGCUUCCUCAUCUUCGCCAUCGUGCAGACUGCCAUCGGAGCGAUACUCUUCCUGGUGGUCACCGUCGCCGUCAGCCUGGGCAUAUUCAUAUCCAGCUUUGCCAACAACGAGUUCCAGGUUAUCCAGUUCAUCCCGAUCGUCCUCGCGCCGCAGAUAUUCCUGUCCGGGGUCAUAAUCCCCGUCGAGCAGAUGCCCACGCUCUUCGAGUGGAUCUCGGUCGUGCUUCCCCUCACGUACGCCGUCGAUGCCCUGCGCGAGAUCAUGCUGCGCGGCACCGACCUGACGGCGCCUGGGUCCACCUGCCGCACUCGCGUACUCGUAGCGCUCCUGGCCGCCGCACGUAGCCACACGAGGCGCGUAGGGUCCCGACGCGAGAUCGCGAACUAG